UUAAGUAAUUAGCGCAAGUGUGCGAGUGUAUAUCCUAGUUGCAUUUACAAUACUGGCAUUCUUAUACGUGUGUUGUGGAUUUUCUUCCCUUUCUCCAAAUAAAUGGUACACUCCUUAGACCCAACUAAAUCAGUUUCACAGCAUCUCUGUUCUUAGCAGGCAUUUGGGUUUCCUUAGGGAAAAAAAUGGGAUAUCCGUGCUAGCUAGCCAUAGAGACCUGGUUGCCACGCCGACGUUAUUUUAUGUAUAAACCUUGCAGGGACAACAAUAUAGCUUUCAAGUACUCUUGCAGUAAUUGUUCGUGCAAAAAGAAUGGAUGCAGUAAGCAGCAACAGGACCAUGUCUUACAGCAGAUGGAGUUAUGACAGCGUUCUUGACGAUGAGGGCAGUAAUCUUCGACAGCAGAAGCUUGACAGACAGCGUGCGCUGCUAGAGCAAAAGCAGAAGAAGAAGCGGCAGGAGCCCAUGAUGGUUCAGUCCAAUGUGGAUAGCCGCUCACGAACACGCAGAAUGAAGCAGUCCGAGGAGCAAGCCCCUCUUGUCGAAUCUUAUCUCACCAGCAACAGCAGCACCAUCUAUCAUGUACAGGAGGCCGAACAGGAGGAUGUAAAGGUGGUAACUGAUGCGCAGGCCACAAAGUCAACUAAAAAAGCAAAGGCAGCCGCCACGGCCUCCCAAACUAGCAGCGCCAAAAAGGAGAAAAAGGGAAAACACAAAGGACUCGAUGGCCCAGCUGCCUUUCAGGAUGAGGUCCAGGGCUUGGGAAGUCCGAUCCAGAUUCUCACCGUGGGACAAUCCACCACAGACGAUGGGGAUGGAGACAUGGCGGCCAGUGGCCAACAGCAGGGCAAGCAUGACCUUCGAGUCACAAUGCAGAAAAAGGGGAUUUCCAGCAGUAUGAACUUUGAUGAGGAAGAAGAAGAGGAGGAGGAUGAAGUUAGCUCCAGCUCCUCCCAGCUAAACAGCAACACCAGGCCAGGAUCCGCAGCCAGCAAAAAAUCUAACAAGGAAGCGGCCUCUGCGUCCACGCCUCCUGCGAGCGAGCCAGGGGUGGAGGUGGAAGUGGAUGACCUGGAAGAGUUUGCUGUCAGGCCGGCUACCCAGGGAGUUACCAUCAAGUGCAGAAUCACCAGAGACAAGAAGGGGAUGGACCGUGGGAUGUACCCUACUUACUACCUCCAUCUAGAAAGGGAGGAUGGCAAGAAGGUGUUCCUAUUGGCUGGAAGGAAAAGGAAGAAGAGCAAAACCUCUAAUUACCUUAUCUCCAUAGACCCCACUGAUCUGUCUCGUGGUGGAGAGAGCUUCAUCGGGAAGUUGAGAUCAAACUUAAUGGGGACCAAGUUUACUGUGUAUGACAAUGGGGUGAACCCACUGAAGACCACCUGUAGCUUGGAGACAAGCAAGCUGCGUCAGGAAUUAGCAGCUAUCUGCUAUGAAACAAACGUCUUAGGUUUCAAAGGGCCCCGUAAAAUGAGUGUCAUUAUACCUGGAAUGAAUACGGACCAUGAAAGAGUUUCAAUCAGACCACGAAAUGAGCAUGAAUCACUGCUGGCAAGAUGGCAGAACAAAAGCACGGAGAGCAUAAUUGAGCUGCACAAUAAAACCCCGGUGUGGAACGAUGACACCCAGUCCUAUGUCCUGAACUUCCACGGUAGAGUCACGCAGGCAUCAGUCAAGAAUUUCCAGAUCAUCCACGACAACGAUCCUGAUUACAUAGUGAUGCAGUUUGGUCGGGUGGCUGAAGAUAUUUUCACAAUGGACUACAAUUACCCCAUGUGUGCGAUUCAGGCCUUUGCUAUCGCCCUCUCUAGCUUUGAUAGCAAACUGGCCUGUGAGUAAGAGCAUGAACACCCCACCCCAUCCCACCCCACCCCCAUUCCCGCAGAAUAAACCACGCUUUACAUGGAGGCAGCCCACAUUUCACACUGCCUGAGAUUCAUUACCCCUCCCUGUGAAACACUAUAGCUUCAGAGGGUCAGAAGUGAUGAACUGGAGUGUAGAAAUGUAUUCAAAACAGGGAUCUGAUGUCAGAAUGACAAAACUUGGUUCAGGUGGAUGUCUACUACAGUAUCAAAGAAACCCAUUGAUGGACGAUGUAAAGCACAAACAGCAACUCACUGAUUCUGCAGAAUUAUUAUCUUGCACAUCAUGCUGGAUCAUUACCGUGCUUCUAUCACAAACAUCUUGUUGAUUUAUUGCCUAAAGAAGACCAGUCAAUUAUGAACCUCUGAUUGUUUUCCAGUAGAGCGCUAAUGUGUUUUUUUUUUUUAUUUAUUAGAAAUUCAUCCACUGAGAUGCAAGCAACUCAUUGUCAGUGACAGCAGCUGAAAAGAAAAACAAUCAGUCAGAUGGCAUGUAUGUAAGAGCUGAUACAGUAAUACCUACAGUAGUUAAUACAGUAUGUUGACUGUUGUGAAUAUAGGAUACUCAUUUGCAGGUUUAGCAGUAAACAUGUAGUAAAUGACUUUCACAAUUAAUGAGAAAACUAGUGAUGACAUUUCUAUUUCAGUGAUCUCUCAAAGGCAUAGGUAGCAUUCGCUCACAAUUUAUUUUUGAAACAUGGUUAGAACCUGUCAUUAGAUUUGUCAGUUGUUUUUUUAUUUCAGUGCAGGAAACAACACGUAGAGCAAGAUGAGAUUUACUGUAGAACUGGAUCAAGAAAAAUAAACAUUGACAAAUUCCAAGGAUUUGCAAUGGUAAUUGAUUUUAACGUUAUUAUUAUGUUAUGAUAAAUGUCCUUGAAAAAAACUCUACUGUUGUUUUUUAAUGAGCAAUGAUAAGUUAACAUGGAAUAGUUUGUAUAUACAUUAGUUGGUGUUCCUAGUAGAAGCACUUGGAGUGCAGAGUGAGUCAUGUGAUCUGGCUUGUUGACCACAGGGGUUUAGGAGAUUAUGUGGGGAUUGCUCACCUCAUUGAGAUUCAGCCACUGGCUAGGCACCCAGCAAAGUGCAGACAAGGACUUAUGGUAACAAUGAAACAAUGAGAAGAACAAUUACAGGUACGUUACUAACACCUGGGAAAGUGUAACACUAUAUUUUUCGGAAUCCUGAUACAUAUUCUUUAAGAUCCCGUUGGCACCAAACCAAAAAGAGUUAUCUUAAAUGCAGUAAAGGCAACCUUUAACAUACUGAAUACUGACGAUGUAAAUUGUAUGUAAUUUUAAUGUUGUGUUAAAAGAUUUUUUUUAAAGCUAUAGGAUACUGUGUAUUGUACAGUAAAUAUUGAGUUGCCACAUUGUUGGUUUCAACACAGCAAGUUAAGGGCCUUAGUGACUGUGUUGUCUAUGUUUUAGCAUUGCACAAUGGAAGCUGUUUCUAAUACACAAAACUAUCUGAAGUGCAUGUCAGUUUAAAUAUGAAUUUGUCUGCAGCCUUGAAUGGGAUGCUUGUUGUUUAAUGAUUUCUUUCCUUUUUGAGAAUUAACAUUCUAAUCUGUAGUGAUAAAAAAACACAAUCAUUGUGGCAUGGCUGACAUGCAUCUGACUGUUCACUUGUCAGUUUGUUUUGUUUUUUUUUUUGCCUUUUUAAACCAUGUUUUCAAUGAAGGAUUUCAGGGUUGAUAUCGCAUUACAGGAGAUGCUGAUGCUUUUUUUACUGAGGUCAAGCCUUAGCCGUGUGAACCCUCUGCAUACCGCAAGUCUUAUUUCAGCAAUUCACAGUCUCACAGCUCUCAUACAGUUGCCUUCGAGUAAAGGAUUUACAAACAUCAAAACAAACAACAUUCACAUCAAAAGGUUCAUUUCCUAAAUGAAAUAUUAAGAACAAAUGUUGGUCCUACCUUUCUCUUAAGAAAUGCCUUGAGCAAGUUUUACGGUCUUGCACAAAAAAAAAAUGUCUUGUCCUGUGGUCAAAGCUAUUUUGUGUUUUUUUUUUUUUUUUUUUUUUUUUUUGUAUUUGGACAUCUAGGUGAUACUGCAAAACGCAAAACGCAAAACGCAAAACUGUGCUUUUCAUAGAAGUAACUUUUAAACUUUACCAAGGAAAACAAAUGGAAAAAAAUAACUGUGUUUCAUUAUGUAUGUGUAACAGUUUAGUAUUUUAUUGUAAUUCGUAUAAAAGGUGUAUGUUCUAUGUACAGUGUUUGUUUAAAUGCAGUACAUUAGUGCUGAAGAAAAUAAAAGGUCAAAUGAUAAUGUAAACUUUUGGAAUUCUGCAUUUUCUGAUGAGUACAAGUGGUACAAUUACAUUUCAUUACUGUAAUCUGUGUUGGUUUUGGCAAGGGGUUCGGAAUCUGUUUUUAUAGUAAUUACAUUUUUCCUGA